AUUAAAUGCCAAUGGCCUAGAAAAAUAACAAAAUCCCACCUAAAACUAGAAACAAAACAACAAAAUUAAAUGUAACUCAAAGCUCUUGGUGGACAGCUGUUGCAUUCUUUGCUCGUGCGCGUGACAGAAACCAUGCAAAAAAAUUUCAGUUUUUUUUUCCACUCGUCAUCAGUUGAGUUCACCACCACCAUCAUUUUUGUUGCUUAUUUUUAGUAUUUCUAAUCGUUAAUUUUCAAUUUACAGUAAAACCCAACUGGAGAAAUUAGUGAGAAAGCGGUUAAAAUAGUAGGAAUUGUGGUGUGGGAUCCUAGAAGGGGUUUAAAAAUCAACAAAGAUGGCUUUGAAGGUGGUGGUGUGGCUUCUGCAAAAAACUUGCUAAUUUCUAGGUAUUCCUUGCUUCUUCAUUUCUUUAUUCUGGGUUUUUUUAAUCUUUAAUAAAUUUGGUAUCUUUACAAUCCUUUUUUCUUUAUUCAAUCAACCCCUUGGGCUCUGUGAAAAACAAAAAAAAAUAAAAUUUAAUCUUUGUUCUUGUGGGGUGGAGAAUUAGGUAAGUGUGGGGAGGUGGGAGUGUUUUUAUUUGGAGUCUGAAUGAAGCAAAAAACUGUGUUUUUUUUGUGUAGUGUGUGAGUGUGUGUUUUUUCUUCACAGAGAUUGAGGAGGAGGAGGGAGGAAGAAAAAACAUCGAAACCUAAAUGGUGCAAAACCGAGAAGGGAAGUUUGGAAAUUGAGGCAAUGUCGAUGCCCAGCUCGAGGCAAAACCUUCUUCACCUUAACCAAAACCCAAAAUUCCAUUUCCCAUCAUUGUUAAACACUCUGUUUCCGCCACCCCUUUUCUUCUCCUUCACCAUUCUUUCAGCCCUUUUCAUCAAUUUCUUCUCGGUUACUGCCUCAGGUAGUAAUCUUGAAGCUUUUACUCUGUAUUCAUGGCUGCAUGGCUCUGCUCCACCUCCUCAGGCUUUUUCAAGUUGGAGCUUGAAUGACCAGAACCCAUGCAAAUGGGCUUUUAUAACAUGUAAUUCCCAAGGUUUUGUUUCUGAGAUUACUAUUCAAUCCAUCCCUUUGCAGCAUCCUUUGCCUUCAAAUCUUUCCUCAUUCAAAUCCCUCCAAAAAGUUGUCAUUUCUGAUGCAAAUAUCACCGGGAGCAUUCCGGCAGAUAUCGGUGACUGUGCUUCACUCACAGUCAUUGACUUCAGUGAUAAUGGCCUAGUGGGAAGUAUUCCAGUCAGUAUUGGUAAGCUUCAAAAUCUUGAAGAUUUGGUCUUGAACUCGAAUCAAUUGACAGGGAGGAUUCCAGCUGAGCUGAGCAAUUGUCGAAGGUUGAAGAACCUUUUUCUCUAUGAUAACCUUCUUAGUGGCACCAUUCCUCCUGAAUUAGGCCUUCUUUCAAAUCUUGAAGUUCUCAGGAGUGGAGGUAAUAAGGAUAUCAUUGGGAAAAUCCCUGAUGAGAUUGGGAACUGUCGGAACUUGACCAUUUUAGGCCUUGCAGAUACAGGGCUUUCAGGUUCUCUGCCUCCUUCAUUAGGUAAGCUUACCAAACUGAAGACAUUGUCUAUAUAUACUACCAUGGUUUCUGGAGAAAUCCCACCAGAAUUAGGAAAUUGUUCUGAGCUUGUCAAUUUGUACUUGUAUGAAAAUAGUCUUUCUGGUUCAAUCCCACCUGAGCUUGGCAAGCUAAAAAGUCUAGAUAAACUGCUGUUGUGGCAAAAUAAUUUGGUUGGGGUUAUUCCAGAGGAUAUUGGGAACUGUAGUAGAUUGACAAUGAUUGAUUUGUCUUUGAAUUCAUUGUCCGGGACUAUACCUUGGUCUUUAGGGGGGCUUUCUGAACUUGAGGAAUUCAUGAUUAGUAACAAUAAUGUAUCUGGAUCGAUCCCUGCGGUUCUUUCCAACGCCUCAAAUCUUAUGCAGUUGCAGCUUGAUACUAAUCAGAUCUCGGGUUUGAUACCACCUGAGUUAGGGAAGUUGUCAAACCUUGUAGUAUUCUUUGCUUGGCAAAAUCAGCUUGAAGGGAGCAUUCCAGCAAGUUUGGCUGGUUGUACUAGCUUGCAGGCUCUAGAUUUGUCUCACAACUCACUUACUGGUAGUAUACCCCCUGGUUUGUUUCAGCUGCAGAACCUUACAAAGCUUCUUUUGGUUUCUAAUGACAUUUCGGGGACUAUACCUCCAGAUAUUGGCAAAUGCAGUUCUUUAGUAAGGUUGAGGCUUGGAAAUAAUAGGAUCACAGGUGAAAUUCCUAAAGAGAUUGGUGGCCUUAAGAUCUUGAACUUUCUUGAACUCUCUGGUAAUCGCCUUUCUGGACCAGUGCCUGAUGAGAUUGCAGGUUGCUCUGAGCUGCAGAUGGUAGACCUAAGCAAUAAUACGCUUGAAGGUUCUCUGACCAAUGGAUUAUCAUCUCUGUCCGGGCUUCAAGUCUUGGAUGUUUCAAUGAAUCAGUUUUCAGGUCCUAUACCAGCAAGUUUGGGCCGCCUUUCUUCUUUGAACAAGUUAGUCCUGAGUCAGAAUUCAUUCUCUGGAUCAAUACCUCCUUCACUGGGCCUCUGUUCGAGUCUCCAGUUUCUGGAUCUCAGUGGCAAUAGUCUCUUUGGUUCCAUUCCUUCUGAGUUGAGCAAACUCGAAUCUCUUGAGAUUUCUCUCAAUCUCAGUUGUAAUGGACUCACUGGGACAAUUCCUGCUCAAAUAUCUGCACUCAGCAAGCUGUCAAUUCUGGAUCUGUCACACAAUAAGCUUGAGGGAAGCUUAGCUCCACUUGGCAGGAUGGACAAUCUUGUCUCCCUCAAUGUGUCGUUCAAUAACUUUUCAGGUUAUCUUCCUGAUAACAAGCUGUUUCGGCAAUUAUCAGUGUCAGAUCUAGAAGGGAAUCAAGGUUUGUGCUCAGUUGGACGAGAUAUGUGCUUUAGGGACAACAUUGAAGCAUCUAAAAGUGAUGGUGCAAGAAGGUCGAGGAGAAUCAAAAUCGCAAUUGCAAUGCUUGUAAUUCUGACAGUUGCAAUGGUGGUCAUGGGAACACUGGCAGUUCUUCGAGCACGGAGGGUUUUAAAAGGUGAUGGUGAUUCAGAAUUGGGAGAGUCGUGGCCCUGGCAGUUUAUUCCCUUUCAGAAGAUAAAUUUUACUAUUGAUCAAGUAUUGAAAUGCCUUGUUGAGUCAAAUGUGAUUGGAAAGGGUUGUUCUGGAGUUGUGUACAAGGCCGAUAUGGAAAAUGGAGAGAUCAUUGCAGUGAAGAAGCUGUGGCCAUCAACAUUGGGUUCUACCAAUGGAUGCGAUGAAGAAAAAUGUGCAGUUCGUGAUUCCUUCUCAGCAGAAAUAAAAACGUUGGGCACCAUCAGGCAUAAGAACAUUGUAAGGUUCUUGGGCUAUUAUUGGAAUCGCAACACGAGAUUGCUUAUGUAUGACUACAUGCCUAAUGGGAGCUUAGGCAGCCUUCUUCACGAGAGGCGUGGCAGUUCUCUGGAGUGGGAUUUGAGAUAUCAAAUUCUUUUGGGAGCUGCACAGGGGUUGGCUUAUUUACACCAUGAUUGUGUCCCUCCAAUUGUUCAUAGAGACAUUAAAGCCAAUAACAUCCUGAUUGGUCUUGAAUUUGAGCCAUACAUUGCUGAUUUUGGCCUGGCCAAGCUUGUUGAAGAUGGCGAUUUUGCUAGAUCAUCCAAUACAGUUGCAGGCUCCUAUGGCUAUAUUGCUCCUGAAUACGGUUACAUGAUGAAGAUCACAGAGAAAACUGAUGUGUAUAGCUACGGCGUGGUGAUGUUGGAAGUCCUUACAGGGAAACAACCAAUUGAUCCAACAAUCCCUGAUGGCGUGCACGUGGUAGAUUGGGUACGACAGAAAAGAGACAGUUUGGAAAUCAUUGAUCCAAGCUUGUUAUCCAGGCCUGAAUCAGAGGUCGACGAAAUGAUACAAACAUUAGGGAUAGCCCUAUUAUGUGUAAACUCAAGCCCUGACGAGCGGCCAACAAUGAAAGAUGUGGCUGCAAUGCUCAAGGAAAUCAAGCACGAAAGAGAAGACUACUCAAAAGUCGACGACCUACUCAAAGGCUCUCCGACAGCAUCGCCAGUGAAUAAGAAAUCGAGAUCAAAUAGUUGUGUUCCAGCAGCAACAUCUUCAUCUGCACAACAGGCAAUCCAUAAACUGUUCCCUAGAAGCAAUAACACCAGUUUCUCAGCGUCCUCAUUGCUUUAUUCAUCAUCAUCAUCAAAUGGCAAACUUGGAUUCAAAUGAACCAUAUUGUUAAGUUAGAUGGCUGUUGAAGUUUGUCUUGGAUUUUUUUUUCUUUUUUAUAAUUGUUAGUUUGAUGUAAUUAAAGAAGCAAGAAAUAGCUACCAUAAUUAUCAUUAUAAAAAAUGUAAGAGUUGCAGAGGUGAUGAAAUAUUGAAAUGAAAACAAUCAAUAUUGAAAGCCA